AUGCUGCAGCCUUCGUCCAAGCGCGGAUCUCCGUCCCGCGGGCGAGGCCGGAGUUGGGCGCCCUGGCAGGAGCGCGCGGGCUCCGGCCCUGGCCAGGGCCCCGGACAGGGGCCCGGACACUGUCCAGCGCACCGGGCCGCCGAGGUCGUGCUAGUGGCCGCCGCCGCCUGCACGGCGUACGCGUCUUCGCUGGGCGCCGGCCUCGUCUACGACGACUUGGCGGCCAUCAAGGGGAACCGAGACCUUCGGCCGGGCACUCCCAUGGUCAACCUCUUCUUCAACGACUUCUGGGGCACGCCGUUAAGAAAAGAGCAGAGUCACAAGUCUUACCGUCCACUGACCGUGCUGACGUUCCGACUCAACUUCGCCGUCCACGGCAUCGACCCGUUCGGUUAUCACAUCGUGAACCUACUCCUGCAUGCCCUGGUAUGCCUCCUCUACCACAGGAUGUGCCUCACUCUGCUACCAGGGUGGACGUCUCUUCUCGCAGCUUUGCUCUUCUCCACCCACCCAAUUCACACAGAAGCGGUGGCCAGCGUCGUGGGCCGAGCGGAACUUCUGUCCGCCGUCUUCUUCCUGAGUGCCUUACUUUUCUACAUCCGCAGCGGAGGUUCGACCUGUGGCCCAAAGACUCCAAGCCACGGUCCUUGGCGGCGCUGCCUGGUUACAGCGACGUUGGCCAUGGUGGCGAUGCUUUGUAAAGAACAGGGCAUCACAGUAAUUGCUGUAUGCUGCAUCUACGAGCUUGCUUCACUUGCUCCGUGCUGGAGUUCGUCUGCCUGGACAACCACAUGGCUGGCGUCCAAAGAUGCGUUUUUCCGAGUCAUCAUCCUUGGAUCGUCGGCCAUCGCGGCUGUCCUGAUGCGCCUCCGGUUGAAUGGGCCGCACCUACCUGCCUUCAGUCGUUUCGACAACCCAGCGUCGGUGGCGCCUGCGCCUGCACGCCAGCUGACGUACAACUAUCUGGCGGCCCUGAACGCCUGGCUCCUAGUCUUCCCCUGUGAUCUGUGCUGUGAUUGGACCAUGGGAACUGUGCCUCUGGUGACGUCAUUGACGGAUCCGCGGAACCUGGCCACGGUUGCCGUCUACCUGUUUCUCGCGGUGGCUACUAGAGCGGCGCUGGAAUCGGACGAGCGACAUAGGAGACCGCUGCUCAUGGGCCUUUCCCUGGUGUGCUUUCCGUACCUGCCGGCGUCCAAUCUUCUGCAUCCGGUGGGCUUCGUGGUGGCCGAGAGAGUCCUCUACCUGCCCAGUCUGGGCUUUUGCCUCUUGGUGGCGCAAGGGUGCAGCCUUCUGGCCCAGCAGUACAGGAGGUACUGUGCCUGGCUGAAGCUGGGUGUCGCUGUACUUCUCCUCACUCACGCCGCCAAGACGUUCCUGCGCAACUACGACUGGUGGUCCGAGCAGUCCUUGUACGAGUCGGCUCUCCGCGUGAGUCCCAGCAAUGCCAAGAUGCUGAACAAUCUUGGGCAGACGAUGGAAGCGGCCAACUUGUUUGAAGAGGCGCACUCAUACUACACCAAAGCCGUCCGAUUGGAACCGGACGAUAUCCGAGGUCAUCUAAACUUGGGCAGAGUCCUGACGACCAUGCGGCAUUUUGAGAAAGCGGAAGCCGCUUUUGUCAAGGCUCUGAGUCUGCUCCCGAAACCUGAACCAAGUCGGUCGCCCCACCUGAUUCGAGUGACGUCGAGCCACCUGCAGGUGUACCUCAACUUCGCCUCUCUCAUUGCCCAGAACAGCAGCCGGGUCGAGGAAGCUGAUCAGUUGUACAAGGAAGCCAUCAGCCUCCGGUCCGAUUUCACGGACGCCUAUCUGAAUCGCGGCGAUUUUCUGAUGCGGAUGAACAGGACGAAAGAAGCCGAAGCGAUGUACGAGAGGGCGCUGGAACUGGACGAGAAUAAUCCCGACCUCUACUACAACCUUGGAGUCAUUCUGGUGGACCAAGGUCGUAGCGAAGAGGCCAUGACCCUGUUCAACCGUGCCCUGGAGCUCGAUCCAGACCACGAGCACGCGUUGGUAAAUUCUGCUCUGUUGCUGCAAGAAUCCGGCACGGCAAAUCAGAAGAAGAUGGCCAACGAACGGUUGCAGAGGGUGGUGCACAGCGGAAAAAGGGACGAGAGGGCUUACUUUCACCUCGCCAUGCUCGCUCUUGACAAGAAGGACGUUGCCGCCGCCGAGAACUGGCUUCGCAAGGCCGUCCUGAUUCAACCAAAGUUACGGAGCGCACUCUUCAACUUAGCGCUUCUUCUGUCAGAGCAGCACCGACCAAUGGAGGCCAUGAUGUUCCUCAAAGAUCUCCUUAAGUACCACCCGAACCACAUCAAGGGCUUAGUGCUGCUCGGCGACAUCAACGUCAAUCACCUCAAGGAUCUCGAGGCAGCGGAAGAGUGCUACCGCAAGAUCUUGGCGCUAGAUCCGGGCCAUGUGCAAGGCUCGCACAACCUGUGCGUCGUGUACGUUGAACGCGGGGAACUAAGUCGAGCCGAGAGGUGUUUCAAGCAUGCCACCACCCUGGACCCCAACGCCACGUACAUCCGCAAGCACCUCCAAGUAACCCAGACGCUUCUUCGAAACCGAUCCGGGGACGCGGCUGCCUCCGAGCACGACGCGCUAUCGUCGCCCGUGCUCCAACCCUUCGCUGCCGCCGCCGCUUCAGCGGCGAACGUGCAGUGAAAUCGGUGCUGUGGACGGAUGAUUGGUCCAUUAGGCCUAACCGAGGAACAUACUUAGGCUUAAGUAGCCUGGCUCCAUCCGUAACUGGCCUGGCUUGAAUGCCACGAACAAAGGAACUACAAGGAGGAAAUGACUUCAGCGUGACAGUUUGUUUUGUGAUUUGAUUGAUUGAUUGAUUGACUGGCUGCGUGAUUUAUUGGUAGAGUGAUUGAUUGACGAUUCUUGUUUGCUUCUGCGAAGGCUGCCUUUUCUUGGUCAAGCUUGUAUGUGAUGGUGUAUUGAUCGAUGCUCGUUUUUCGCACUUGAAUGAUUUGUGCUGUCGGAUUAGGUGUUCCACUUUACUGCUUGUAAGCACUGGGAGAUGCGGAGGGGCUUGUGAAGUGUCGUGCUGUGUUGAAUUGUGCGUUACGUUUAUUGUGCAUGGGUCAACUUUGGCGCGCUCGCGUCUGUUUGAUAGCCAGACUCGCACGUUCCUAUCGAGAAAUGCACGAAUAACAUGCGAAACUAAGAAAAAUGUUACUCGAAGGGGAUCUUACUAGUUUUCUUUUUUCUGUAACAAACUACUUUACGGAGGGUUUACUACGGUUGAUCGAAUGCCAUUUCAUCGAAGCACGUUUUAGAAAAUGGGCACAUUUUAUUGAAGCACGUUUAGAGAAAGCAGAACCUCAGUUCAGAGAAACGCCGUUUAUCGAAAAGGGGACGCUUUUUAAAAAAAGGCUUUCCUACUUCUCGCGUAUAUCACUGGUGCGCGUGUUAACCCAGGCCCCCCGCUGCGCUCCCGCCGCUUUGCGGCGGCAUUCUGCGGCGGCUCAUUACAAAGAAUGGUAACUCACCUGAUUUACCCGUACACGCCGGUUCGCGGCGGCCGAAUUCGCUAAAAGGAGGCUCAUCGCAAUUUUUUUCUAAACUGGGAUCUCUAUAAAGGAAUUCGAUAAACAGGGGUCGGUAAAAUGGCGUUCGCUAAAACGAGCUUCUCUAAACCGCAUGCCUCCGCUUUAGGGUGGGAAUGCUCUUGAGAAACAAACGCCGAUCCGGAAAGUAGAAGAGCAUAAUUGCAAUCACUAUAGUGGAUUGUGGGCUUUGAACAUUCGCUCAGUGUCGCAGGAUUGCACCUAGAGAAGAGAAAUGUGAUGUUUUCUGCUUUAUUUCGUUUUGUCUUAUUUUUAUUUUUGGUGGACUUUCUUUAGCACGUGCACUCGAAGUUGCUUUUUAGGGGUAGCUUGCGUGGAAUACCACGUGACUGUGCCAUAGUUCGCUUGCGUGUGGAACAAUGAGACCCACCGUUUUAUGCUUUGGAGUAACUUCAUGUAGAAAAUGUAAAUUGCGAACACAUAUUGAUUUCUUUUUCGUCUUGUGUUUGCUGCUCUCCGCAGCCCUUCGAUGCUGCAUUUAGUGUGUGACCAACGGUGAACGAGUCAGUCAGUUUUCACGUUUACGUUUUUGUUGUUGAUGAUGAUGAUGUUGUUGACGUCGCAUUCGCUGCGAAGUGAUAGCGUUUAAACGUUAUCCGGACAGAGUUUCUAUUUUAUGUAUCCAAAGUGCCAAAAUAGUCACAAAGAAUGGUCGUAAUAGAUGGUAGUACCAGAAGCUUUUGUUCUGUCGCAAAGCCAACGUUCCGAAGUCCGACUUUUUUUUUUUUUUACUUUUUCUGUAUCUUUUGUUGAUUCGAGCGUCGCUUGUGAAAUGCGCGCAACCAUUCCACCAUUCAACGAAGCAACUUUCCCCUUUGAUUUCGCUUAACGUACUCUCCGGGGGAACGCAUUGUUGUAGCCGCGGUUACCACAGUUGCUAAAGCAACGACUGUGUGGCGCUAUCCUGUACAUAUAUACAGCGUCUCUCGAGCAAAACACUUAAUCACAAAACGCAUACGGACGCCAGACAUAUAAUCUAUAUUUCGGUAAACGAUACGCCGCACUGCACGAUGCUCUGCAGUGCCCACACAAAUGCUGGAGCGCUUAGAAUGCGAGUUUCGCCAUUCCUAGAAGGGAGCGCUCGCCGGGUUCACCUCACCCCCGUUGCGUGGAACUCGCGAGUCUAUCCCAACGCUCUUCACAAGGGUUUUGGCGAGCGUAUGUUUGCAAACUUGCAGCAAGGAUGAGGCAGGGUUGGUGGCACGACGGUAUACGACUCACCUUGCGGUGCUGGCUCUCACAGCAACUCAGCGCCUCGGCUUCGGAGGAACAGCACGGAGCACGUCACUGGUGUUCCUUUAGCACACGCCGUGAAUUCUAUUUUUGGCACGGGACAAUACGCCGGAAUCGAGUAAUGGCUGUGAUCGAGCAGAGAGCGCUCCGGAUUUCCGGUUGCAUAGCGGAGCAUCCGAUAUAAAUAUAUACAUAUAUAGGGAGAGACAGAGAUGUUGCUCGGGCUGUAAAUAUAACAUGCUAGCCUGUAUAUACCUAGUUUCUAAAUCUUCUGGUCGAACAUACUUGGAGCAACGUCGUCUUAUUUUGAGGUAUGCCGUCGAAUCGCGACAUGAGCAAAUAUGGGGGAUUGUUUUCUUUUUUUUUGUUUAUUUUUUUUUUCUUUCUUUUUGUGACGGUAGAACUCGUGUUUCGAGAAUGGUGCUUUUGUAUAGCUUCUGGAAAUUUCCGGUUGUUCGGCCAGCGAUGAAUGGACAGGACUGAGUGUAGUUCUGUCUGGAGUGUAUAUACAAUAUCGAAGGACGCAAGCAUUUUUCUAUUACCAAAACAGGCGUGUAAAGAGACAACAAAACAGCAGCAACAAAAAACGUUUUAGGGACCAUGGUACUCGCAACGUCAUUUUUGGUCAUUGUCAACUUUGAGGCUCACAAGCCGCUUUAUGAAAAAAAGUUUUCCCUUUUUCAUUUUAUAUUUUGUCUAUGGUAAGUCAUUUAAUGUUUAAAAUCCUGUAAACUUGAAUGUUUGAAAGCCGCGAACACGCUUCUCAAUAUAUAUAUAUAAAUAUAUAUUCUAUACACACAAAUACACAUCUCUGUUCUGUGCGGUUCUUCUGAUUGUCUAUUGAUUGUUGACCUCUAUCUGCUUCUUGUUUAACUAUGCCGCGGUGCGCUUCGUGCAAGGAAGACUGACCGCAUACGUUUUUACGAGAGCAAAAAUUAUAGGAAGUCAUUUGGUGUAAGCUCGCUUUUGUGCGUUCUUCUUUCUUUUAAUGACAAAGGCGGUAUGAAUAAAACGAAUGCAGUGUUGUCGUCGCUUGCGUUAAGAAAUAAAAGAGUCACAACCCCUG